AUGUCCAGAAUUCAUAAUGUGGACCUUGUGGUCGUCGGCGCAGGUUGGAGCGGACUAUCUGCUGUCAAGACCUAUCGUGAAGUCAACCCUGAUCAUAAUGUGGUUUUGUUGGAGGCCGCUAGCUCAGUAGGUGGGGUGUGGGCCAAGCAUCGUCUCUAUAAGGGUCUGAAAUCGAACAACAUGUUGGGCACAUAUGAGUUUAGUGACUUUCCUAUGGACGGUCCGACUUUUGGCAUCACAUCUGGACAGCAUAUUCCAGGUGAUGUCAUUCAACAGUACUUGGAGGCAUACGCACAGCACUUCGGCUUCGCCGACUGUAUUCGACUGGACCACCGCGUUGAGAGCGCACGACACAAUUUGGAUGGAACAUGGCAGUUAAAGGUGUCCCAUGGGAAUGAUACAACAACAGUCGACACCAAGAAGAUAAUCAUUGCCACGGGUAUCACCUCUCAGGCAUACCUGCCGACUUUUGAUGGCCAAGACACCUUCGAUGCACCUCUCUUCCAUUGUCGCGAUCUCCUGCAGCAUCAAGACGCAGUCUUACAAAGUGGAAAGCGCGCAACUAUCUUUGGCGGGACCAAAUCAGCUUGGGAUGCAGCAUAUGCCUGCGCCACCACAGGCAUGAAAGUAGACUGGGUCAUUCGAGAGUCUGGCCAUGGUCCUGUCUGGAUGGCACCACCCUACGUUACUCCAUUAAAGAAAUGGUUGGAGAAGCUGGUCACUACCCGGCUCUUGACCUGGUUCAGCCCGUGUAUCUGGGGAGAAGCAGAUGGGUACACAGGUAUCCGCAGCUUUUUGCAUGGAACCUGGCUCGGUCGUAAGAUCGUGGACGCUUUCUGGUCUAUCUUAGCGGAUGAUGUCGUACAGCUUAAUGGAUAUGACAAGCAUCCCGAAACGAAGAAACUGAAGCCGUGGGUGAGUCCGUUUUGGAUUGCAUCGUCGCUCAGUAUUCUCAACUAUCCCACCGACUUCUUUGAGCUGGUCAAAAAUGGCACUAUCAAGGUGCAUGUUGCCAAUCUGGAACGUCUCUCAGACCGCACUGUCCAUCUUUCAUCGGGUGAAGCACUACCAACCUCGGUACUGAUCUGCUCGACAGGGUGGCGCGCUACUCCCAACCUCAAGUUCUUACCGGAGGGCAUCGAGCGGGAAUUAGGGUUUCCCUGGAGUGCAGAUCCGCUGGAUGAAAAGAUGGUAAAAGCAGCCGAUGAAGAAAUCCUACGUCGAUUCCCCCGCCUCCGCGAUCAACCACUCCCAAACCCUCACUACCGCCCCUUAGACGACCAGUCUGAGGCGGCUGUACCGCAUCCCUUCCGACUGGCAAAGUUCAUGGUGCCACUGUCACUGGCGAAGGAGCGAUCCUUGGCAUUCAUGGGUAUCACCAUGACCAUUAAUACAACGUUGAUAGCCCAGACGCAAGCAUUGUGGAUUUCAGCAUACUUCCGCGGUGAUUUGACUCCGACCGCAACCGAACACUGCCCAUCCGCCGUGGUUGCUUCGUCUGAUAUCAAAACGGAAGACACUGCAGAACUCGAUCUUGUCUGGGAGACAGCCUUGCACUCCGAAUUUGGAAAGUACCGCUAUCCGGCAGGGUUCGGGCGACGCAAUCCCGACUUCGUGUUCGACGCGAUCCCGUAUAUUGAUUUGAUGCUGCGCGACUUGGGUCUAUCUCCAGAGCGCAAGCAGGGCUUCUUAGAAAGGUGUUUCCAGCCAUAUGGCACGGAAGAUUACCGAGGCUUGGUCAAUGAAUGGAAAGCGAAGCGCUCUACCCAGUGA